UGCAUGAAGCAGUUAUAGAACACACAAUGUAUCCCAACAAUGCGGAAUAUGUGCAAGUAGUUAGAGCACUUAUUGUGAAGUAUCCUUUCCUUAAGGAUCUGGAGGGAAACGGCUAUCAUACCUGGCAUCAGUCACUUAAGCGCAAAUUCAAAGCGGAGCGUGCCCCUUUGAUUCAUGAAGACGAAGUGAAAAGGAGUAAAGAGAAGUUUGGUCACGAGAGCCAGAGAGACUACAGAAGCGGCAAGAGCCUGUUGCAGAUCUGUGUCACGAUUGUGCGAUGAGGUUGACAGGAUCCAUCCAUCUGCGGUGAACUUGUACAGACGCUGGAAAGAGGGAUUCACUGACAUAGUGCCUAAGGUGGUCAAGAUGGUGCAAGGAAAAUCCCCAUUAGCCAAGAUGUACACAGAAGCA